AUGGAGGCUGAGAGGUUAUCGAAUUCCGAGUCAGCUGUGACCUCUCGAAGUAACUUCUGGUGUCGAAGGUUCCAGGAUCAGGUCGUACGUUUAUUGGGUGUUGCGUCGUCGGUCCCUCCGUGGAGGAAAUCUAUUUUCAUCCUGAUAAUCGUCGGCUUCCUGCUGAACGUUGCGGACUUACUCAAUCGCAUACUAAUAUUCGAAGAGUCCCUUCCGGAGAAGAAACUUAUUCUGACUCUAAUAUUUUUCACGCCUUCAGUUCGCAUACCGUACCUCAUAUCACGCAAUCACACGAAGCUGCGUGAAAACAAUCUGAUGCUACCAUCACUACGAGAUCGCUUCUACGAGCUGCAUUAUAAACGGAAGGUGAACGAUGCUGCUGCGAACUACACAAUAGCUCUGGGUCAACAUAUCGGAGGGAUGCACAGCCGCAGAUGCUCCCGAGCAUUGUUCUUAACUCCGCGAGUUGUCAAUCUGAAAGCUUCGACGGCGCUGUUGUAUCAAGGCUACUAUGGCCUUCAAGAUACGCCUCCCUAUACAUUUUCACGGCGGAAUGUAAUUCCGACGCCUGAAGAUCGGAACUCGCGCUGGAAUCUCAGGAAUCAAAUGGCGGAGCAGAAUGAAGCGAAUUUGUACACAAUCACCUUCGACGGCCGGAGUGUCGCGGCCUACAUCCGAUUUCUGAACCGCAAAGCUCGCGAGGAGGGACUCUUCACGCAAGAGCUUGACAAUGGCUCCAACGUACUGGAUCUCCUGCUAUUUCAACACUAUUCCGAAGGUAAAGAGCUGCCGGCUUGGGCUGAUCUGAGGAAGCUGAAUUUCUGCUAUGAUGCUAUAAUACGCACCUUGGUCAAGGGGUUCGAACAGAAGCUCGCGAAAAGAAUACUCGAAGACGUCCUGUCUCGUCUUCACAAGCUCAAAAACGACCUACCGUCGUACAACGUGGUAUUCUACGCUACCGACUACGAGGAGCUUCUGGGUCUUGACAAGUACUUGAAUAUUGUGCUACCUUUCCAAUUCGUGUAUCGUCACGGCUAUACGGUGUGGGAGGUGCUUCACAUGCAGACGGACCGGACAAUUCAGAAACCUAAGGUUCACACCUACCGCAAUGAGCAUACGGGAAUGAAAAACGUCACUUCGAUAUUGCAAGUUCUCGAAGCAGCUGGUUACCAGCCUCCACGUCAACAAUGAAGACCAUUGUUCCCUACAUCCUGGGAAAUAAGUUUCUCGGCAGCGGACUCUCAUUGAGAACUUCAAAGUUGAUUUGCGUCUCGAAUCAUUAUCAUUAUCACUUCACGAGAUAUCGCUUGUCGAAUAAAGCGCCCU